CAUCCCAUGGCCGUCUCUAGGUGAUUUAGCGCCGCCAGUCUCAAGCAGGUGUCCAACAUGGCGAUCACGGGAAGCGGAUCUCUCCCUAUUCCUCUCUUUGUUUUCGUGAUUUCAGUGGCGUUUCUUUCAAAAGGAGCUGCUGAAACCGUGACAGUCGAUGGUCAGAACCUGGCAACCGACAACGUGUCGGUGAUCGAGGGGGAAACAGCCACUAUAAGCUGCAGAGUGAAGAACAACGACGACUCCGUUAUCCAGCUGCUCAAUCCCAACAGACAAACCAUCUACUUCAGAGAAGUUCGACCUCUGAAGGACAGCCGGUUCCAGCUGGUGAAUUUCUCUGACAAUGAACUGCGGGUGUCUCUGUCCAAUGUGUCACUCUCGGAUGAGGGACGCUAUGUGUGCCAGCUCUACACAGAUCCUCCUCAGGAAGCCUACGCAGACAUCACUGUCCUGGUCCCUCCAGGCAACCCAAUCAUCGAGAGCCGGGAAGAUGUGGUCAGCGAGGGGAACGAGACGGAGCUCACCUGCACAGCCAUGGGCAGCAAGCCAGCUGCCUCCAUCAGAUGGAUGAAAGGGGAGGAAGAACUGACAGGUGAGACAACAGUUGAGGAGACGUAUGACAGGAUGUUUACUGUCACCAGCCGGGUGAGAUUUUCUGUCACAAAAGAGGAUGAUGGAGUGCCAGUGGACUGCAUCAUUGACCAUCCAGCUGUAAAGGACCUCCUGGCUCAACGACAUUUGGAAGUGCUAUAUAAACCAGAAGUGAAGAUUGUGGUGUCAUAUCCUGACGGCUUAACCAGAGAGGGUGAUAAUCUAGAUUUGACAUGUAUUGCUGAAGGAAAACCACAUCCCCAUCAGAUCAACUGGCUGAGAGUAGACGACGAUGUGCCGCCUCAUGCUGUGGUCACCGGCUCUGAUCUGUACAUCGAAAACCUCAACAAGUCUUACAACGGCACCUAUCGCUGCGUGGCGUCCAAUGCUGUGGGAGAGGCCUACGAUGACUACAUCCUCUACGUAUAUGAUGCUCCCACUACUAUCCCCACACCCACCACCAACCCAGUCAACACACAAGACUCCAGAGCCAGCGAUGGGGCACCGCAGAAAAUUGACCAUGCUGUCAUCGGCGGAGUGGUUGCCGUGGUGAUGUUUGCCAUCCUCUGUGCACUCAUUGUUCUUGGUCGAUACUUUGCCAGACACAAAGGAACUUACUUCACACAUGAGGCCAAAGGGGCGGACGACGCAGCCGACGCAGACACGGCCAUCAUCAACGCGGAGGGUGGACACAACAACUCAGACGAGAAGAAGGAGUACUAUAUCUAAAUCGAGCAGGCCAGGAGAGACGGGUGGGGGUGCUGGUGGUGGUGGAGGUGCUUUGAGAGUCUAACUCUGAUUUCUUACAAGAAGGCUUGAGGCAGGGAGUGUGAGAUUUAAAGAGGAAGAAAAGAAAACGUGGAAAGUAGGACUGGCAUGGCCAAGUGGUAAGAAGAGGCUUUGCUGAAUCUCCUAUCCGACCCUUCCUGGACUGCUGGGGCCUAUUCUGUACAGUUCAAUUAUUUUACAGACAAUUUUGUGCCUUGUUCUAUUUCUUUUCUUUUCUUUUUUUUUAUUGUUCCCCCCCCCCCCCCCCCUUCACAUUUUUCUUUGGAUUGUAUUGUUGUCAUUAUACCUAACCUAAUCCUUUGAUACAUUUGGGUUUUGGAGAGUAAAUAGUCCUGGUAUUUGUGUUCUGCUUUUAGCUCAUGUACCCAGAUCAGAGGAGCCAGCUCACAGACACUUUUAUUAUUAUUUGUUUGAGUAAUCUCAAGACUUCAGUGUCAAUACUGUCCUCCCUGCUGGGUCAAAGUUCAACAGUCCUUGCAAAUUCCUACCAUACUUGUUUUGACAUACUUAAGUGCAUAUUUUAUUGACUCCCCUUUGAGGUCAGGUUCACUGUGUUGAUUACUAAUGUAACAGUUGUGAGUAAUCAUGCUCAUCUUAGAAUGUAUUUGUUCUUGAAAGUGAAGUAGCAGUGCCGUUUAGUAUCAUUUCACACCAAACCGCAGUGUACAACUGGCCCCUCGCUGGUUUCAAGACAACAUCUGAAAUAGAUGUGAGGUCAGUUUAGUAUUGUUUAGGGUAUUGUGGAGUUAGACAGUAAGACAUCUUGAAUGCUGUAAUGUGCCAUGAACUAGAGUUCAAAUUUCUAUAGAGAAAAAUCAGAACCAACAUAUUUAACAACAUAUAACAUGAACUGUCAUCUGCUUUCUUUGUUUUUGGAGUCAAGAGCUGAAAAAUGGGGUCAGAAAAAACAUGAAUGGCGUAGUUGGACAUUUGAGAAAUUGUGCUUUUUUGCAUUAUUGGCUUGAGUAAAAUGGAUUCCUCCAUCGUGUCUAUUAGCUACAUGCAAGCUAACAACAAGCAGCCAGUUAGCUUGGCCAAGCAUUAAGACUGAAAACAGGAAGAAACCGUUCUGUCAAUAAGUAUAAAAAAAAGACAACAAACACCCAAGCUGUCAUUCCCACACUUUGUUUUUUGUAACGGUUUAACAAACAAGUUGAUACAUGAGCUUUAGAGGCGGAUUAGUUACAUUUGGCCAGUGUCAGGCUAGCUGUUUCUGUUUCCAGCCUUUGUGCUAAGCUAAGCGAACAGUCGGCUCAUGUUCAUUCUGCCGACAUGGUUUCAAUGGUUUUGAUCUUUGCAAGUAUAGGAGAGAACAAAUACAUGUAUUUCCCAAAAUGUCAAACUACUCUUCAAAAGCAUGUGAUCGCUUUCAGAAUAUCUUUGUUUGUAAUUAUUUUUGUCGGAUUGGACUUAAAACAUGGUAAAAAAAAGUGGCUAAUAAGUACAGAGCCAAGAAUGAAAUGCAUUUUAAGGUCAGACUUUACUUUUAGUAUGUACACAUAAACUCUGCAGUACCUCAAAGAGUGACGAUUCCUGCUGCAUAGAUAAUGAAAUCUAAUUAACAUGUAUUAUUGCUGGAUAUUGGUACAGCCUGCUGUGCGUGCUUUUGGUUUGAAAUUGAAAUUCUUCAUAUUUCCAUACCACCCACACGGUCGACCCCGGACCAAAUAUAAUAAUAAUGCGAGUGUGCAUACAAACAGUGAAUAUCACUUGUAUGAGGCAAAGGCUAAACGUCCACUGUGCAGAGAGCUCCUCUCUAAAUAUUUGAUUUAAAAAAGAAAAUGAUACAGUAUAUUAACCAUUUAAUUGGAUACAUUUCCAGGGCAAUGGUUUAUUUUAUUUGUUUAAGUUUUAUAUUUAAAUUUGAUAAUACUGUUCAAACAAAGAGGAAUUGUUACACUUUCAAUAACAAAGUUUCCUUUCAGUGAGAGUAACUGUAUGUCCCUGUGAAUACCUGAAGAAAAACAAAUAUUUUCACUUAAUUCCUGGCUUAGAAAUCCUUGCCACACAAUACACUGUUUUGCCCUUGCCCAUACACAAGUGUAAAAAGUAAUUGAACAUGUGAAUCAGUUAUAUUUCCUUUCUGUCUGCAAAGACAUUUUACCUUGGGGCUUUGAUAACUUGUAAGGACUGAGGGCCUCACAAGUUAUCAAAGAUUUGCGUUGAGCUUUAGACUUGGUUUGCGGAAAGAUCCUUUUCUUACUGUCAUCCUGCAGCCUCAAACCUUUACAAAGGAGCCAUCUACUGUCACAAAUGUAUUUGUUUCCCCCACUAACACAAAUCAGAAGAUCCUGCACUUGCUCACAGAUACGCAGUGUGCACACCGUGCAAGCUUCAUGCCUCCGAGUCUGUCACAGCUAGAAGCCUGUUUGGUAAUUAGAAAGGGAUUUCAUUGUGUUACCUGAAUAAGACAAAAAAAGAAAACUGUAAAUGUAUUGUGAAAAAGGAUAACCACUGCCUUAAAGCUAUCUCUUGAUACUCAUUAAAAGAAAUGACUGAAGGACUUUAUUUAGUGCCUUCUAUUAUUUUGAGGCAUAUGGUUAGUAUCUCACAGUAUCCUCAUGUACACUCUUACAGUAUAUAUUGUAUAGUUAUCUCCUUUCUAACUUACAGGGCCAAUUCUCAUCCAGGUUGUAUGUAUUCAACCAGACUUGCAUCACAAUUACCGCCUGGAGCAUAAAAAAGCUAAAAUGAGUUAAAAAAAAAAAUAUUUCUUUGUUUAUCAGGGUGGUGUGGCAGCUUCCACUAACUACAAUGUCGUAAGCCAGGGUGUAGUAUUUAUUUUCUUAAUGAGUGAUCGCAAAACAAAUUCAAUUUGGUCAUAAUUAUUUACUCUGCUCAACUUCACUUGUUAUUUAUUUGGAUAUCUUCAAGGACACAGCUUGCUAUUAAUGUCAGACAGGAAUAUGUUACAAAAAGCUAUAAUAAGCUACAAUAAAAGUUCAUUUUUCAAGAUUUUAAUGGAGUUUUGGUGUCAUGGAAACAGCUAUGUGCAUGACAUUUUAAUUUGAGGGUUGAUAUUUAUCUUAAAUGGUUUUGAAGUGACUUAUUUUAAAUCAAGGAACAUAAAAAAUAUUGUCGAAAUCAUUUUAAUCCAAUGUUUUAUUUGUUUUAAAUAUUUGAUAUCUAGAAUGUUUGUUUUCACUCUCUCAGGUUCAUGAGUGUUAAUAGUUGUGUUUUGUGUUUUUGCAUCUCAGGUAGAAUGCAAAUUAAAGGCCCUCCCAGUAUAUACUGUAGUACCACAGCUAUUCAAACAGUGACGAAAUCACAAGAUGUACAUGUUUAUUCCCAUUUCUACAUGUUUGUCUUCUUAAUAUGGUGCACUGUUACAGUAAACGUUAAAUAUUAUUUUGCAUAGACCUAGUUCACAAAGAAAUAAACCUAGAUUUGUUAAGCAGCCGAAAAUGAUGUACAGUCAGUGUCAACAAAAUCACAACGAUGUUCAUGAAACUUCUUCUUCUUCCACCUUAACACUUUGCUCAUACAGUAUUGGUUAUUUAGUCAUUAUAGGGUGUGACCACAGACAGUCAAUCAAGCAUCUGUUUGUAUUCAUUCAGUUCAGGCAUCAUUUUGAUAGAUGAAAAGAUGGUGUAUUUACUGUGACAUUACGUUAGAUGAAUGAUCUGUAACAUGUCUUGGAUAUUUGGAUUAAACUCAUGUUUAAGGCCCUGACUGGGGAGGGGAGUGUGUGGGGGGGUGGGGGUUGUUGGUUGUUUUAUUACACCCAAAAAUUGUUGUUUUUCUUGUUAAAUCCUACAUUUCUCUCAUUUUUUUCCUUUGUGUAGUGAAGAGGAUGUUUCUCAUACGACCAUGCAUAUUUUGUAUUGGUUCACACCAACAUUUUUACAAAAGAAAAAAAAAAUCCGAGGAGUACUUGUCUUAAUAAAAGAUAUCAAUGUUUAAA